AAACUGAAACCUAUGAUCUUACGGUUCCUAAAAGUCCUGAAAUAGCUAAUUCUAUAACAUUCAAAUCUGAUGAAGAAAAAAUUUUGUCUGAUAAUGAGGAUGUUGAACAUGAGUAUAAUUAUGGAGUAUUCAUUAAAUUAGAAAAUGGAAUAUCUCUUCCAGCCAAAUGGUAUAUGGCUAAAGUAUCUGCAGUCGAUGAAUUACUUUCUGAAAUUCAUUCCAAUAUUGAAAUAUUAAUAAAAAAAUCAAUUAAAGCAAGUGAUUAUCGAGUUGCAUUUAAAUCAGAAAAAGGAACAAGAGCAGGCACACAAUUAGUAGAUGCUCAAGAUUUUAAAAAAUUUCAAAUGGAUUAUACUAAAUACUCCUUAAAAAAUGUUAGCAUG